CUUAUUAAGAUGAAGGUUUCUUCUGGCCCGACUUAUAAGAAAUUGACCCAAAUAUUCAAAAGAUUAUAUACGACUUCUUGGCCCAAUAAUACCCUAAAAUUGUUCUCAUUUAAUAUAAACCAAAGAAACAAAUCUUUUGUGGUUGCUUGAACCUUCUUUGGUCUUUCCCUUCUUUGUCAAACUCUAAACCAAUAAAACAAAACACAAGUAAAAGUAUGUUGUAUUAUACCAACUACUUGGAAAUUCUCCUCCCACUUUAACACCUUUGCUGGCUUCCUCUGCUUCUUCCUUCCUUUCUCCCCAUGGACACCCAAAACUUCUUCACCUCCCAUAUAUGCAUUUUGUUCAUCAUCUUCACCAACUUAGCGAACCGCGCUCUAUCCGUUAACCAAAAGUUCCAAGACUGCGCGCCUCGUGCUUGUGGAAAUGGCCCAAACAUAAGCUACCCCUUUUGGAUACUUGAUGAACAGGAAUCUUUCUGUGGCUACCCCAGCUUUGGUAUUACCUGCAACGAGCAAAACCCAGUUCUCAAAAUUUCCAAUGAUGAAUAUAUCAUUAAAGAUAUCUUUUACUCCUACCAUUCACUUCUCGUGGCCAAUGCCGCCGCCUAUAGGGACGCAUGCCCUACUCCUUCGCAUAACGUUAGCCUUGAUCGAACCCCAUUUAAUCUUAGUAUGUAUCGUAGUGAUUUCUCCAUCUUCUACAACUGCACUUCACUGCCUCAAUACCCCACAUAUGGGUUAGGCUGUGCUAGCAGUGAUACCCUUCAUUCUUUCGCUGUUUUCCACGAGGAAGCCUCGUCGGAAACGUGCCAGUCUCUGGUUGAUGUGCCCGUGGAUAUGCCUUUUGGAGUCAACUUCAAAAGCUUGUUGAACAUGAAUUAUACUGAAAUUUUAAAGAUGGGUUUCUUGUUGAAUUGGACUGCACCUAACUGCAGCAACUGUGAGCAAAGUGGUGGACGCUGUGGAUUCGAUAAUAGUGAAUUUGUUUGUUUUUGCCAAGACCGGGCUCAUCACAAAACCUGCGAUGAUGUGCUUACUGUUACAGGCCAUAAGAAAUGGAAUUUGGGACUGAAGAUUGGUAUAGGUUUUGGCGCUGCUACUGGAACCGUGGCUAUAAUGUUGGUCAUUUUCUUUUUCUAUCAACGCCGCAACAAGAAGAAAUAUGGUCCCUCAUCCUAUGUCUCCCGAAGCAUCUCUUCUUAUCCUUCUUCUAUGACAGAUCGUGAAAUGGGAAUUAGUAACUACUUUGGAGCUCCUCUCUUCAACUACAGUGAACUUGAAGAAGCCACUAAAAAUUUUGAUUCCUCCAAAGAACUUGGAGAGGGAGGCUUUGGCACCGUAUACUAUGGCAAACUUCGAGAUGGGCGUGAAGUUGCAGUCAAGCGCUUAUAUGAAAACAACUGCAGGAGAGUUGAGCAAUUCAUGAAUGAAAUUGCGAUCCUUACUCGCUUACGCCACCAAAAUCUCGUCCAACUUUAUGGGUGCACCUCCCGUCACAGUCGCGAACUCGUGCUUGUUUAUGAAUACAUUCCUAAUGGCACCAUUGCUGAUCAUCUUCAUGGCAAAAAAGCAAAACCUGGUGCACUGCGAUGGCCAACUCGAAUGAAGAUUGCCUUAGAGACUGCAAGUGCUUUGACAUAUCUCCAUGCUUCUGAUAUCAUCCACCGUGAUGUGAAAACAAACAAUAUUCUUCUUGACAACAAUUUUUGUGUGAAAGUCGCAGAUUUUGGACUGUCUCGCCUUUUUCCAACCGACGUCUCCCAUGUUUCAACUGCUCCACAAGGGACUCCUGGUUACGUCGACCCAGAGUAUCACGAAUGCUACCAGCUUAAUGGCAAGAGCGAUGUCUUUAGCUUCGGGGUAGUCUUGAUCGAGCUUAUAUCAUCCAUGCCUGCUGUUGACAUCACAAGGCAUCGACAUGAAAUCAAUUUGUCCACCAUGGCUAUCAACAAGAUUCAAAACCACACAUUGCAUGAGCUUGUAGACAAAUCUCUUGGAUUUCAAUCAGACUACAGGGUGCAGAGAAUGAUUACUGCAGUGGCGGAGUUGGCAUUUCAGUGUCUGCAAUAUGUUAAAGACGUGAGACCAUCGAUGGGGGAAGUGCUGGAAGCACUACAGGAUAUACAAAAUAAGGAUUACAGUAAAGAUGAGGCAGAGGAGAUGGGCAAAGCAGCAGAUGAUGUUGGAUUGUUGAAGAGGGAUUCACUGCCACUUUCUCCUGAUUCUGCUCUAAAUUGGAUCAGCACUUCUACAACAUCAACUAGCAGUAGUUAAAAGUCGUCAUCCUUUUUCAUCAUAUGCCAAAACUACUAAACAUCCUUAGUUCGAGUGAGAAUACGAGUUGUACAUAUCAUGUCAGAGCUGGUAUGGGUUCACUUAGGUACAUGUCUUGUUCAGUUUACUUUUUUUGAUUGAUUUAUCCUCCUUUUCAUUAAAUAAAAGUUCAAAU